AUGGAGAUGAGUACUGAUAAAUUCAGGGAUAGGUACCGUGCCCCGCUUGAUCAUGCUCUUAGAAAAUCAAGUAUUAGGAGUCGACUUUUAUCAGAAAGCUAUUGGUAUCCAUUGGGAGAUGUUCUAGAUAGGGAGCAUGAUAUCCAAGACUACUUUAGUGAAGUAUCAAUGCCGAUUAGGCGACUUUAUGGUGAUGUGUUUGAGUUACCAGGUUUAAAAAAAUCUGCUUCGCAAAUAGGUAUCACCUAUGCGAUUUGUUCGAAGCAAUAUCUUCCUUUGUUGUUCUUGUGUUUAGUGAUUCUAAGCUCCCCUCGUCAAAAACUGCGAGAGAAGAAGUGA